AUGCGACGUGAACUCAAGAAAAUCUCGCCCGAAACAACGAUGAAAAGUCGCUUGACAACAAAUCAUAUGGACAGGCCACACUCACUAGCACGGCGUAUGCAGGUCACAGAGGUUGGGUUCAUAUGCGCUGCUGUCAAUAAGUGGAGCGGCCCUCUUUUCUUAUUUUCUUCUUUUCUUUUCUUCUUUUCUUCUUUUCUUAGCUUCAUUGCUUCGUUGCUUCUCUCGUUCUGGCCAUUGUUCCCUGCAGAACGGUGUGUGCGUUUUUUCUCCGCCGCGGAAAAACUUUCUGACGUGGGCACCGGUCAAGUUUUUCCGGAUUUAUUCCGAGGUCCGGGGUCAUUUCUGUGCACGUGCAUAGAUACUGGAAAGCACCCACGCAAGGGCCAAGCCCGUAGCACAGGAGCCCUACAAACAGUGGUAGCCAACGAGCCAGAAAGGUUGAUGGGACUAUGGCGUGUGAAAGGGCUUACACAGCAUGUGGAUGAAAACCAAACAACCGGAAUACGGACUGAAAUUUGGCGUAUAUCCACUUAUCGUAUAGGAAGGACUGUUUGGUGCGUGACCGGUACGGCGUUACCACUUACCACACACAAGAUCUUUUGA